AUCAAAAAGUUAAUUCCGAAGUUUGAGCGAAAUAAUUUCGCAUUUUAAAAAUCCCUUGGGCAAAUUCUAUCGCCUCCCCAAAGUUUAAAACACGCUAAAAGGCUUCUUAAGGCCUUCAAAACGAAAUUUCGUUACUUUCAAGUGUCUUUCAAAGCUCUACCAAGCCAAAAUUUGUGAUUGAAAAUUUGAAGAAAAUUUUCAUUCGUCUUACCGAGAAUCAACAUGGCUUUCUAAAAAAAUGAAUCCACUUCACACUCAAAACGAAAAUUGUGAGCUUGUCUCCAUCGGAGAAGCUGAAUCGUUCAGUUCUUUAGUUUUAUUUAAUAUUAUAAUUUGUAAUGGAAAAGAAAAGAAAUCAGAUUGCCCGAAAUGGGCCAUCAAGUUCUGAUUUCAAGUCGAAGAACCAAGAUGUUUCCAACAAACAAUUUCCACGGCAGCGUCGUCGUGAAUCAUAUCAAUCGGAGAAUAAUAACAAACAACAAUCUAAUAAGAAUCGCAGCAACAACUUUUACUAUGACAAACGUCCACCAGCAAGAAAAGGUGGUGGUGGAUUGGACCAAUCGACUUCUACUUCAUGCGAGACCUCCGGAUUGAUGGAAGUUAACGAAUUAAAUUCGGUUUUUAAUCAUGGAAGUAGAAAACAAAACUUGAACCAUUUGCUAAACUUCCACUACUAUACUGCGAGGGAUACAAAUGAAGUUCGCGCUGGUACUUUUUCGAAACACGGAUAUCACCAUCAUCGAUCCAAUCUUAAGAAAUACAAUUUCAACAAGGAACAAUAUUUGCAAGCAAACUGUCAAUUUGUAGUCAAAACUGAUGUCAGUUAUGAUUAUCGUCGUUUCACAAUUUCACCAGAUGCGCUUGUUGAAUGGGAUCAAGUGGUGAAGAUUUAUGUGUCAAGUACUGAGGAAAGUCAAUGUCCAAUUUGCUUAUAUCCACCAAAAGCUGCUAGAAUGACACGAUGUGGUCACAUUUUUUGCUUUGCUUGUAUUUUGCAUUACUUGUCAUUGUCGGAUAAAAGCUGGAGAAAAUGUCCAAUUUGUUACGAAAGCGUUCAUCUUCAGGAUCUUAAAAGUGCAACAUCAAAGCAUAACCAUCGUUCUUACAAAGUUGGUGACACAAUUUCAAUGGAAUUAAUGACGAGAGAAAAGGGCUCACUUUAUGUUUCAAAAGCGCAUGAAAUUUCUAUCAAUGAUUUUCCUAAUUUCUCUGAUAAUGAAGAUCGAUUGACACAUUCAAAGCUUAUCAUGGCAAAUCCAAAUGAAAUUUUUGAUAUCAUCAAUCAAGAGAAAAGUGAACUUAAAUCACAACUUAUUGAGGACGGUUUGGAUUGUCCUGAAUCGAUUUUUGUUCAACAAGCAAUUGAUUUUCUUGAAGAAAAACAGAAAGAGUUGGAAAAGAUCAUUUGUGACAAAGUUUUAAAUGAAAUCAAUUCAUCACCAUUAAAUCCAUCAGUUCCUGAAUUUGUUCCAAUGCAGAAGUUUGAACAUGUUUGCGAAGAUUCGCUUCCAUCACGCGAUGAUUUCAUUGAUAACGAAUGUAAUCUUACGAUUAAUGAUAUUGACAUUGUUCCAGCAGCAAAUAAUUCAACAUCUAAACAUUUCUUUUACUACCAAGCACCAAAUGCACAAAAUGUUUUCCUUCAUUCAAUUAACAGUCGAAUGUUACAAGAAAUGUUUGGAUCGUUGGACAAAUCGCCACAAAAGAUUCAAGGUCGGAUUGUCCAAAUUGAAUGUUGCACGAUGGAUGAAGAUUUAAGGAAAAGAUUGAAAUAUUUGCAACAUUUACCUGUUUCAUCUGUCUUUGAAGUUGUUGAAAUUGAAUUCGAGUCUGAUUUGAUAUCUUCAAAUGUUAUUGACAUGUUCAAAGAUGAACUUUUGUAUCGUCGUAAAAUUCGGCAACGUCGUGAACGUGAUGAAAGAAAGCAUGAGAAAGCAAUCAACGAGAUCAAUGAGCGUCAGAUGGGAAAACAUAGAAAAGCGGCUUCAGCUAACAUUGACAUUGGCUCCUCUUUGCAGUUCCCCGAAUGUGGAAGCUUCAAUGAAAUGCCAGCCCUUCCUUCAAGUGUCAGCGACUGUUCAGUGUCACCAAUAUUUUCAUCAUCACCUGCUGGACCAUCGUUUGCUACUAUGUUGACUUCACCAACGGGUAAAAAAUCUGAGAAACUUUGGCCUUCAUUGUCAUCUGCUGAUGGUCCUUCAACAUCGUUCUUUGGUGACUUGAAAGUUGUUCGAGUUUCUGAAAACAAAGAAAAGCUUAAAUCACAUUCUGAUGAUGAUGAAAAUCUUGUCGAUGAUGAUGAAACAUUAUGGAAAGUUCCAGCUUACAAGCAUCAGCUUGGUGAUUGCCUUGCAAAUGCUCUUGCAAAGUCUGCGAGUUUGAAAGAAACACCAAAGUCGAACAGCAAAAAGAAGAAGGCAAAAAAAACUUUAUUGUUUGCAUCUGGAAUGAAUUUUAAUUAAUAAUUUAAUUUCUUUCGUUGUUUCAUUAAUCAACAAACUUUUUUUAUUCUUUAAUCUAAUCCUUGGUUCUUCUAAUUUGAAAUUAAUAAUUUGAAUUGUAAUAAAAUUUGUUUAAUAAAUACAGAAAUAAAUUAGCUUCCGAAAAACAAAAACUAAAUUUGUAAAGCUAUUUUGUUUACAUAAA